UUUAACGGCUCUGGCGAGUGCUCCGGCGGAUUUUACGGCGCUGACGAGUUCUCCGACGAAGAAGCUCGGGAGGAAAAAGACGAUCUCUCACUUUCUCCUCCAUUGACGGUGGUGACGAGCCUUGAUUCGCUUUUGGAGAAGCUCAAAGUGGAGGGGCCUUACCUUCCACCAAGCAUCAGGAGAGAUCCAGAGACAGCCUUUUGUAAUAGGUGUUGCUGGAGGCGCAGCAUUGGGAAAGACUACUGUCUGUUGCAGUAAUCUUCUUACUGACUUAAGCUUAGUGUCUUUCCUGUGUUGGCUCAGGACUCAGGAGGAAUGUGUUAGAGAUCACUAAGUUUUCUUUUGAAAUAACCUUUUGUUUUAUUUAAUCUAUGUGAAGGGAUCACACAAAGGACGGUGGAGAGAUGGGCAAGAAAGCAAAAUGGUUCUCUAGCGUCAAGAAAGCAUUCAGCCCAGAUUCAAAGAAGUCGAAGCACAGAUCACCCGAGAGCCCAAAUGGUGUGAUCUCUAUCCUUCCUCCCCUGUUGGAUAACGCCAGACAUUCUCCUCCUCCACCUCCACUUGAGGUGAGAGUAGCUGAAGUGGUUGUUGAACGAAACAUCAAGCUUUCCCCUCCUUCUACAGAUGCUGUGAAUGCUACGACCACGGAUGUUCCUCUAGUCCCAUCUUCAUCAUCUUCUGCUCCUCCUGAGGUGGUUCGUCCUCGUGCUGCACCUACUCGGUUUGCUGGAAAGUCAAACGAAGAAGCGGCUGCUAUCUUGAUUCAGACUAUAUUCAGAGCCUAUUUGGCAAAAAGAGCAAUACGGGCGAUGAGGGGUUUGGUCAGGCUUAAGUCAUUGAUGGAAGGAUCUGUUGUUAAACGUCAAGCAGCAAACACUUUGAAAUGUAUGCAGACACUCUCUCGUGUACAGUCUCAAAUCCGAGAAAGGAGAAUCAGGAUGUCCAAAGAGAAUCAGGAUGUCAGUCUCAAAUAUUUAUAAAUAAAUGUAUAAACUC